UCCUGUGUCACCUGCGUCUCAUUUUUCUGUUGGCCUGAACAGCUUUGUACUUGUCCAGACAGCAACUCAGGGCAGGAGCUACUUUUGGAGAGACCUGGCCACAGGGCAUGGAUGGCUGCAGGACCCUUUUCGUCUGCCUGUGCUUUCUGAUUUCUCAGGGCAGGAUCGCAGAGACAGCGCAAGAACUCCUGAGCUGGAUGCGGAACAUGGAGCAGGCCAAGGGCCGGAAGCUGACUUCUCCUGCUUGGCAGGUKGAGGGCCUGGAGCAGAGGCUGCUGAACGCCAGCUUCUAUGGGGACAAACUGAGCCUGGAGACGCGCACCAUCCAGUCUCUGAUCUUCAAGCUGGGCUGCGACUUCGCUGGCCUCGCACUGAGCAGCCGCACUCUGGAGCAGGUCUCGCAGGUCAGAGCCUGUCUUGGCCCUCCGCAGGCCCGGGUCCCGCACUCCAUGCAGUUCCCCGCAGAGCUGACCCGAGAGGCCUGCGCUGCCCGGCCCCGGGAGCUGCGGCUCAUCUGCGUCUACUUCUUCACCACCUACUUUUUCCAGGAUGAAAGCAACUCAUCCCUGCUCAACAACUACGUCCUGGGGGCCCAGCUGGACCGCAGCCACGUGGACAACCUCACAGAGCCAGUCAACAUCAGCUUCUGGCACAACCAAAGCUUGGAAGGCUACACGUUGACCUGUGUCUUCUGGAAGAAGGGAGCCAGCAAGCACCACUGGGGGGCCUGGAGCCCCGAGGGCUGCCGCACAGAGCAGCCCUCCCCCUCCCAGGUGCUCUGCCACUGCAACCACCUCACCUACUUUGCUGUUCUCAUGCAACUCUCGCCGGCCCCGCUCCCCGAGGAGCUGCAGGCCCCCCUUGAGUACCUGUCCCUUGUGGGCUGCAGCAUCUCCGUGGUGGCCUCGCUGCUCACCAUCGUGCUGCACCUCUAUGCCAGGAAGCUCAGUGACGCCGUCACGCACAUCCACAUGAACCUGCACGGCUCCGUGCUGCUCCUGAACGUGGCCUUUCUUCUGAGCGCCACGGCGGCCGUGGCCCCGGUGCCUGGGCCCGCGUGCUCGGCCCUGGCGGCCACGCUCCACUUCGCGCUGCUCAGCUGCCAAACCUGGAUGGCCAUCGAGGGCUUCAACCUCUACCUUCUCCUCGGCCGCGUCUACAACGUCUACAUCCGCAGAUACGCGCUCAAGCUGGGCGCCCUGGGCUGGGGGGUCCCUGCCCUCCUGGUGCUGCUUCUCCUCGCCGUCGAGAGCUCCGUGUACGGGCCCCGUGUGAUUCCCAUCUCCAGGAGCCUGGAAAAUGGCACGAUCCUCGGGAACACGUCCAUGUGCUGGCUGUGCAGCCCCGAGGUGCACCAGGUCCUGGUCAUGGGCUACAGCGGCGUCACGUCCCUGUUCAACCUGGCGGUGCUGGCCUGGGCGCUGUGGGCCCUGCGCAGGCUGUGGGCACAGAACAGGGCGCUGAGCGGCCGGGCCUGCAGGGACGCUGUCACCGUGCUGGGCCUCACCGUGCUGCUGGGCACCACCUGGUCCUUGGCUUUCUUCUCCUUUGGCAUCUUCCUGCUGCCCCAGCUCUUCCUCUUCACCAUCGUCAACUCGCUCUACGGUUUCUUCCUCUUCCUGUGGUUGUUCUUCCAGAGGUGCCACUCGGAGGCGGAGGCCAAGGCAGAGAUGGAGGCCUUCAGCUCCUCCCAGAUGACGCAGUGA